CCUCUUCCUUUUGUCCAGCCCACAUUAGUUCACUUCCCAUAAUUCAUUGCGCUCGGAAAGCCUUUCGUGAGGACGUUACUGUAAGGACACAGCUAAAGAUCCAUUUUAUCUGAUUCAAGAUGGCAGAUGCUAUUGAUGAGAAGAUCAAGAACUACAGAACAGCUCCAUUCGAUUCACGGUUUCCAAAUACCAACCAGACACGAAACUGUUAUCAGAACUACCUUGACUUCCACCGUUGUAGUAAGGCUUUGUCAAGCAAAGGGCAGGAAACUUCUCCUUGCGAAUGGUAUAAGAGAGUCUACAAGAGUCUGUGCCCUGUGAGCUGGGUUGAGAAAUGGGAUACACAGGUUGAGGAUGGAAACUUCCCUGGCAAGAUCUGAGUGCUUGAUGUAACCCACAUCCCAUGAAUCAUCUGCGUUUUGUAGAGUACCUCAUAAUAUAUUAUUCCGGUUUGAUGGUAUCAAAGUUAUUGGUUUGAAGGCUGGAGGAUAGAAGGUCAUUCAGAGUGGGACUUAAAAUGGCAUAUGACCUUUUAACCUUCCUUAAUGUAAGGUCAUAACAUAUUCUGUGUCACUCUACAUCUUACUUUUUUGCAAAUUGCAAAAUAAAUACGCACAGUUUCAACAA